CGCAUGAAUCAGUGAAGUAGAGUUGUUCCCUGGAGGGAUGUUUGAUUCUGUCUUCACCUUUGCACUUGAGUUGUAUUGGCGCUGGAAACAAAGUCUGUCUGAAGACUCACGCGCUCUUAGGAACUGAAUUUACGCGUCGGGAAUAUUUCCUAAAUCUAAUGGAAGGACGCGAUUCAGGAUUCAUGAAGUAGGAUUGACUGAAGGUAGAAUUUAGCGCGUUUUCUUAGCAGUACAAAAUGUGCGAAAAAAGCGACAACCACUUUGGACAGGCUGGACAGAUGAAAAGCUCUGAUGGAAACUUCGAUCAGGUUGAAAUCUCAGAAUGUAGAGACACGAUAGUUGUUGCUGCAUGUAGCACGCGCUUAUACCGGAGGCGAUGGCUCAUUGUGUUUCUCUUUAGCUCUUAUUCGCUGUGCAACGCGUUCCAGUGGAUCCAGUACGGAAUCAUCAACAACAUCUUCAUGAAAUUCUACAACGUCUCUUCAUUCGCCAUCGACUGGCUGUCAAUGAUCUAUAUGCUGACUUACAUCCCUUUCAUAUUCCCAGUGACAUGGCUGCUGGAGAGGAAGGGGCUGCGGGUGAUCGCUCUGUUCGCAGCUUCGAUCAACUGCGUGGGAACGUGGAUCAAAGUGGCCAGCGUUCAGCCCAACCUGUUCUGGGUCACGAUGCUCGGACAGUUCGCGUGUUCCUUUGCGCAGGUGUUCAUUUUGGGAAUGCCGUCUCAGGUCGCGUCCGUGUGGUUCGGAUCUGAUGAAGUGUCCACCGCCUGCGCCAUCGGCGUGUUUGGAAACCAGCUUGGCAUUGCUAUUGGCUUCUUGAUCCCGCCGGUUCUUGUGCCCAACGUGGAUGACAUAAAUGAACUGGCUCAACACAUCAGCUUCAUGUUCUACAUCACAGCCGCUGUGGCCAGCCUCAUCUUUCUGCUGGUCGUGUUCGUGUUUCAGGAAAAACCCGAAAUCCCUCCAUCCCUGGCUCAGGUAGCGCUCAGACACAUGCCCACCGCACAAUACUCAUACCUGGCUUCAAUCUCAAGACUUUUCCGCAACAAGCCCUUCAUCCUCCUCCUCAUCAGCUAUGGCCUGAACGUUGGAUGUUUCUAUGCCGUUUCCACCCUGUUGAACAGGAUGAUAAUAGAGCAUUACCCUGGUGAAGAGGUGAAUGCUGGGAGAAUUGGCUUGACUCUUGUCAUCGCUGGCGUGGUCGGCUCUCUGCUGUGUGGAAUCUGGCUAGACAAGACCAAGUCUUAUAAGGAGACAACGCUCUCAGUGUAUCUGCUGUCGUUUGUGGGGAUGGUGAUCUACGCAUUCACCCUGAACUUGGGUCAUCUGUGGGUUGUGUUCCUCACAUCAGGACUGCUGGGGUUCUUCAUGACGGGUUAUCUGCCGCUGGGCUUUGAGUUUGCAGUGGAGCUCACGUAUCCAGAGUCAGAGGGAACAUCAUCUGGACUGCUCAACUGCUCAGCACAGAUAUUUGGAAUCGCAUUUACCAUCAUUCAAGGCAAAAUCAUCAAUCACUUCAGCACACUGGCCGGAAACAUCUUCCUCUGUGUGUUCCUCCUCAUCGGCUCCAUCAUGACAGCACUCAUUAAAUCUGACCUGCGGCGACAGAAGGCCAACAGUCAGCCUCAGACAGAGGGGAUCGCUGACUCAUCCGUAAAUUCCCAAGAUGGAAAAUCAUUACCGGUAAAAGAGGGGAAGAUGUAAAGAUGGAAACCAUCGGAAUCAAACUCUCUUCAACAUAUGCAUCACAACUCCAUGUGAACCAUCAUACGCAUAAAUCCUCCUGAACUUCACACAGACAAUAUCUGAACAAUGACAGCUCAGUCUAGCUGCUCAAGCACAAGUGAAAUUAAGAUUUUACCUGAAGAUUGCUAAUAAUCCUUUGCUGUUCAUUCAUGAAACACAAGUAUGCACAAGUAUGGUUGCUUGUGUUUCAUGUUGUAGUGUGUGUCAUGAUGUUUGCAUGAUGGUACCUUAGAUCUGACCUAAACUUUAGUUACAAGAACUAAAUGUUUUUAUUACUAGAAGCACUAAUCUAGUAUGCAGUGUCUCUGUAACAGACACAUCUAGAUCUGUGUUCGGGUGAGGAGUUUGUUGAUGCUAGACAUCACUGUAUUAUUGUGGAAGGUCAUAGUCCUUCAAUAAAACCAUCAACUCUUGAUGCUGCUUUCAGUUUGCAGCGAUAUAUAGCACUCCUUGUGGAAGAACAUCAGUGAUCGAUGUUAGAGAGAGACGUGUGAUACUCAUAACCUGACAACUGUACACCACACAGGAAAUCUUCAAAAUAUCUUCAGUGAUUAAUGAGUGUUAUAGUGUGCAGUGUAAUGUGUGAUUGAUUACAGUGCCCUGCAUCAUAUUUGCUUAAUGAAAUCCAAGAUGACUUUCUUACUCAAUUUGGGUGCCGAUUCCAAAAUAGUGUAUGUUCUGAUAAAGUAUGAUGCAUUUUGUAGCUUUUUUGCUUUCUGUAAGGUGAAGAAGCCUUGCAUUAUCUGUUAAUUGCCAGAAAACUGCAACAAACACAAGAAUUCUGUCUGAAUCUGAGCCAGAUUGCAACUAAUUGUUCGAUUCUCAGCCCAUUUUCACCUGCAUGAUUAUUCGAUGCCUAAUCCUUAUUUCAAGGUCGGAAUUAUGGCCAAUGACAGAAGAAACUGCAAACAUGAGUUUUAUUCAUACACUGAAGUUUAAGACAUGAAAUUGAGUAUUUGAGCAUGUUUUCCCACUCCUUUGCAGACUGUUAGUACAUCGUAAAUACUUUUUACCAUUAAAGGGAUCAUCGGAUGCUUAUUUUCCACAAGUUGAUAUGAUUCUUUAGGAUCUUAAUGAAAAGUCUGUAACAUAGUUUGGUUAAACUUUCUCAAUGGUAGUGUAAAACUACACCGCUUUUUUUCGGAGCAAGCUGUUUUGUAGCAUUUUCCUUUAAAUGUUAAUGAGCUCUGCUGACUCCGCCCCUCUCUUCAAGCUCUCUGAGGGACUGUUUACUUUGGCAGCAUUCAUAGUGAAACUAGCUAAUUAGCACAUUAUUAGAAAAGGCAAUUUGCAAAGAUUAAUUAAAAAAUCCUUAUACUCACUUCUUCUGUUGGGUCUAAGGUAAGACACCAGUUCAGUCUGUGCUGAAACACUACUGUCAAUCAAACUAUAGUGGGAGGGGCCUGUUUUUGUGAUGUCACACAGACAUCUGAGAUCAGCUCAAUUAGAGUAAAGGGGGAAAUGAUUUAAUGAGAUAAAAAAAAAAAAAAAAAAAACGGGGUGGAUUUUUAUCAUUAUAGGGUGGUUGUGUACACACACUGCUAACACACAUUUCAGUUCAAACUACUUGUAAAAGUGCAUGUAGCGUCCGAUGACCACUUUAAAAAACUUUUUACAUUUGACUGCUUUUGAAACUUUGAUAAGUGCUUUAAAGCUGUACGUGAUGGAAGGUUUCACUGAUAUUUUCUUUUGAACUCAGCAUCAUCAAAUUAGGCAAUAUGAGGCCUCUUUUGGUUUUUGGCAAAUCAGCAAUAUUUAUUUGUAAGAUGCCAUGGAUUUCUGUGUAAUAAAUCAGAUCACAGGCACAGAUGGAAUUCAGUUGAAUGUCUGUGCCGCCACUUUUGUCUCCUUUCAACAAAUUUGUAGACAAUGACAUCACAAAAAAAUUAAUUCCUUAAGGUCAUUUAUUUCACUUUAUUAAUUUCAUAUGGCUUCAGAUAUCCAGAACUACUCUGCCCUGCAAACAAACAAAGUGCAGUAACUACAGCAGCACACUGAUUUUGAGUGUAGUUGAUCCAAACCCGUCUGUCACAGCACAGAUCCUGCUCUCAGAGACAACUCAAGCCUUUGUGAUUGUUUCUGUUACCAAUGUGUGUGGAUGUGGAUGUUGUUCACUUACAGUGUUUGUAUAGAAACAUUCUGUAUAUAUAAAUUCUUGGUGUAAAUUGAAUCUGACAUUCAGUAAUAAAGAUA